AUGAACUUCGGGAAUCACUUGCACGAAAUUGGACUGCUGGACCUGAACGGCAAGGUUAGAUUUAACUUGUACGAAGAGAAAAUAAGGUCCUUGAUCAAAAACAAUCAACUUACAACCGCUGUAGAGGUUUUAGAUGAACUUCUCUUCAAUUCUCCUUCUAUUUCAAAUCUAACUGGAAUCAAAAGGUACUUUUUCAGUUAUUUGGACAACCAAAAUCCAGAUAACUGGGAUACUUUGGUGGAAUGGAUUCAGCGUCCUGAUAUUCGAGCUGCUAUUCAUGUUAGCUAUGACACUCCUUUCAAGAUAGUUAACGAAACAAUUUUCCAAUACUUGCAGCAUGAAUUCAUGAAUUCAGAGGCUGAUAAGGUAACUAAGUUGCUUUCGAAUUACAAAGUUAUCUUUUAUAAUGGACAAUUGGAUAUGGUUAUUCCUUAUCCUUCUAUAGAGAAUGUUUUGCUGAAUUUACAGUGGGAAGGUGGUGAAGAGUUCAAAAAUGCUUCUAGAAGUGUUUGGUGGAGUAGUGAUGAGUUAGUGGGGUAUUUUACGAAAGUAAGAAAUCUAAGUGUUGUGCUAAUUCGUAAUGCUGGACAUGCUUCUGGUAUUGAACAACCAAAGUGGGUUUUAGAAAUGAUCACUCAAUUUACUCAUAAUUGA